CAGGACGUUGUCUAGCACAGGUAAACAAUGCACAUGCAACAAAGUUUAUGCAGUCUGUGAUCUAGCCUACCGUAUUCUUACACUACAAUCCUACAGGGUCGAUUGGAAAAUAUUUGUUUUAUGAACCCAUGUUGUCAUACUCAUGCUGUAAGCGCACCACUGCUCUUUAAACAGGAAUUUCUGAAACUGUCCAAGUCAUACAUUUCUCAGUUCUUGACUUAGUAUUGUAGAAUUGUUGAGCUAUCAAAAUUGAAAAUGCCUCCAGAGAGAAGAUUUGACUUGCACAAAACGAGUUCUGGGCGAGGUCUCGACUACAAGCCAGAGUAUUAUUUUCCGGCCUCAGAUUUUAAGACCACAGUCAGUAAUCCCUUACCGCCAGAACUGGCUAAACAAGACGAGAUCAUCAAGCCCUACACAACCACAACGGGAGAGACUCAUGACUUCAAACACCAUGAUGCAAUACUGGGUAAUCCACAGCACCAGAAGGCACCCGGACACUGGAACAUCCAUUAUAAUAAAGACCUACGGGAAAAACUCCAGAAUCGGCCGUGGAGGAAACCGUUGACCAUGGGUAAUCAAGAAUCCGAAGUGCAGUCCAACUUCAAGGGAGCUCAGACCCAGCCAGGUGUUGAUUUCAAUACCAUUGUCAAGCCUCAAACCACUGACUUGAUAGACCACCACAGGAACAUGCCAGCCCCACCUAAGGACAAGUUGCCUAAAUACAAUCCCUCGCUGGUGCGUGAUGAUGGCGCCCUUCAGCUUUUGGACCCCUACGUCCCCACCUCCCACCGAGUCCAUAAGCGCUUCAGCCGACACGAGUUGGGCGGCUACCCAAAGAAAGACGCCGCCACCUACUGGCGGUGCGAGGACUAUCCCCAGGCUUGGGGUCACGGCACCAAGCACAACCCGCUGCCCAAGAACUCAGUGCCUCGGGAGUGCCCACCGAUGCGGGACGACAUGGUCUUCAAGACACCCAUCCGGGAGCCUGUCCGCUGGCCUGAGAAGUUCCCCCGCGUCCCCCACAACGGCAUCAAGUCCAUCAUGACUACUUCCUAUGUCCCACCGUCCGAUCCAAAGAAUCGCGAGCUAUUCUCCUGCCCCGUCGACACGCCCUGGGUGAUCCCCAGAUCCGGACCCAAGGAGACCUUCUCCGUGCCUUCUAUGUACAACACUGAGUACCAGACCUAUGCCAGCGGCAAACCCAUUUCUAUAUAGACCUCUCUCUGUUGUAAAAUCUGUAUACAUGUAUAGACUAAUAUUUUGAUGGCUUUGGACAUUAAGUAAAGCACCUGUGCGGCAGUUGAAUAGAUCACAAGUCAAUCACAGGUGUAUCACAGUUGUUGCAAGAAUCCCAAAAUGCCUUUGUCACUGUAUGAGUUGCUUGUCUACUUGGAGAUGAUUUGGAAUCGACUUUGAGCUGGGCUUAUGAGGAAGGGAUAAUUAUGGAAUUAACUUAUCAUCACUAAUCAGUUGUGGAGCCAAAAGCUCUCUUGUUGAAUAUGAUGGCAUUGAAUAACAUUACUGACUGUCUGUGGAACUACUACACUACGAAGCACAGCAACCUGUCUCAAAAAGCUUUUGACAGUGCAUUUGACUGAUCCAAAGUCCUCAGCAAUUGGUAAUAAAGAAAAUAUUUUCAAUUAGCACUGUCAACAAACUGUGUGGGCUGCAAGUUGUGCAUUUAGAUACAGUUGUAGCUUCUAUUGAAAUUUUCCAGCAAGAGCCAUGUGAACCCAUGGGAAUUUGAUCCGUCCAUUAUGAUUAUUGAGAGUAUCUUCAUGCCAUUAUCCUUAAUUGGUACAUAAUUGGACACAUUUGUCCACUUUUUCCAGCCGGCUACCAACUGUUGGCAGGUGUGGCUGUACCUAAAGCCAUGUAUGUACAAUUGUAUGUAAAGUUUCAAAAAGCCUAUUAGUUCCGUCCUCUAUCUCUGAUUAAACGAAGUUUCCAAGUUUGUGAAAUUUGUUCCUUUCUAAACCUGUUCACAUUGUUGGACGUUAUCUUGCUGCAUGGUGCUCAGUUUCCAAUUCCAAACUUUAAUAGGAAUGGCGAAUGUGUGAACUGGCAAGUUUGAGAUAAAAUGGGUCCAUCUUCACUGGACGGUGACAGAGUUGUUCUGGAAGAGAGGUCCAACAGUCCAGUGUAGUCUUAUUCCAAAUUCAUCCCAACUGCACGUUUCUAGGGACGUAAUGUACAGAAACAAAACUGGGAAUGCAUUCACUGCUCACGCACCCACGGGACAUCACCCUAGACCUCACCACAGUGCCCGGUAGCAACACUACGACUUCAAUUAAGCACCUAAUUGCCAGAGGAAAAACUGUCCCCCGGCAGUUGUACGGUAUUAGCAUGUGGCACAGUCAGUGUGCGUCCUGUGGGUUUUGAGACGGUGUAUCCGUGGUACGGGGGUGCAUUUGUUGAAAAGUUAGAGCCAUGCUUAACUACUGGCUAAAAGGAGAUUGUAACUGUGGAUGCAGGUUAAAAGUUUCAAUAAAUAAUGAGUAUAUGUACACUGAAUGACCUUCAA